AUGGACGGCAGCCAGAGCACAUCCACGUCCAACGGCUCGUCGCAACGUCGCAGGCUCACCAAGAAACCUCCCCCUUCGUACCAUACCCACACCCGCUCGUCGAGUGGCCUCGAUGGUGGCAUCGACACCAGGUCUCUCCAGAGCAAACGCAGCUCGACCAGCUUGAAGCGCGCUCCUUCCGCUCCACCUGUGCGGACGACCCCCUCAAACGCUGCUUCAGCUCAUAGUUCUCCCCGUCACCUCCCCUCAAGUCAGACGCACCUUCCCAAUCCCUCCCCCAUCCUGCCUCAGGGUCAGUUCGCCGCCGCCAACAACGCCAACGCCAACUCCCUCUCGCUCUCACUCUCAAACAACUCGCACUCACACUCCGUCGCUCCUUCCCCCAGUGCUGCGUCCUUUCAUAACACCAGCAUUAACCACCUUCACAACCACCACCAGCCCGCCGUGAACCUGAACCAGACCCAGUCCGCGUCCCACCCGACGACAGCUCAGGUGCAGGCCCAGGCCCUGGCGCAGCCUCAGACCUCCUCCUCCUCCACCUUUCACAACGCUGCUUCCGCUUCCUACGCUGUUCACCCUCACCACCAGCAGAACUUUAGCCACCAAAACAACAACAACCACCUCCUCCACCACCACAACCUGCUGCACAACAACUUCCCGACCAACAACAACAGCAGCUCCUCCUCCAAUUCCAACAGCAGUCCCGUCGGCAUCGGUGUCGGUGUUGGCAUCGGCAUCGCACACUCCAGUGAUUCCGUAGCAGCUGACCCCAGCGCGCCUCUCUCGUCGCAACCCCACGACGAAUUCAUCGGCGCUCCCUUCGACGGCGCUGCCGUCCUGAGCCGCAUCGAGCAGACAAAGUCCCCCGUCGCCCAGUCUCACCCGCUGCCUCUCCAGCACCCGCACCCUCACCAGCAUCAGGCACCCGCCGCCUACCAGCGCCAGAACGCUCCCACGCCGCUGCUCAAGUCUGUCACCGACACGCGCAUCACAAAGAGCCCCCGACUGCGACAGUCCCAGAGCUUCACGAACGAUUCCCCCUCCUCAAUGAUGAACGAAAAAUCACAAGGCGGUCGGGUGACGGAGAACUCAAUGAUCAGCCCCAAGAGAUACUCGGACGAGGCAAAGGAGCCCCGUAUGGGCGUCCUGCGCAAGAAGUCGGGCUUCUCUGGCUUCAUGAACAGUCUGGUCGGCACCCCAAAGAAGCCUGUCAUCUCCGCACCAGAGAAUCCCGUCCAUGUCACCCACGUCGGCUACGACAGCUCUACCGGCCAGUUUACCGGUCUUCCGAAAGAAUGGCAGAGAUUGAUCAACGAAAGUGGAAUUCCCGAGAAGGAACGCAGGGAGAACCCCCAGACCAUGGUUGACAUCAUCACAUUCUACAAGGAAACGACCGAAAAGCCAGCCGAGGAUCAGGUUUUGGAGAAGUUCCACGAUGCAAGAGCGCCUGAUUACCGUCAAUAUGCAAAUGCAAGCAACUCACCGUCGGGUGCCAUGUCGCCGGGCAUGUAUCCGCCAACAACUUAUAUGGGUAUGUCUCCGAUGAUCAGUCCACCUGCGAGCCCUAGGUUUCCAACUGUCAAUCAUGAAGGAUCUUUUGAGAACCCCCGCCAACCGCCCCCCGUACCAGGAGUCGGAGGCUCCAAAGGCCCCGGUAAAGAUGUGAAUCUCAUGCCCAGUCGCCCGGCACCGAAGCCCCCCGUCAGCCUCCCGAUGAGGUCUGCUCCGUCGCCCUACCCCGCCAAGGACUCCGGCAUUGGAAUGUCUCAGCCCGGCGAAGACCUGCCCCCGGUCGCAUACCAACCGCCCAAGGAGAACGUCCCCAUGCUCCCCGAAGAGCAUCGUGGAGAGCACCGAUCCCGAUCCCGAUCCAACUCGCGUGUUGGCGCCUCGCCCGGCUACGUCCCCCCCACACCUAACCCUCAAAAUGCUCAGGCGAACGUUUACCAGCAGCAACUCAUGCAACAGCAGCAGGAGCAGGCCCUCGCGCAGGCUCAGGCCGCCAUGACUGGCCAGGGCCAGAUUGGUCGCGCUCCCAGCAAGAGACAGCCCGCCCAGCAGCCGACCCCUCCUCAAUCGCAGUACCCUCAAGGCCCCACCGCAAACGGAGGUCCCGGCCAGCGACAGCAGGUUGGCGUGGCUGGUGCCCCUGGCUCCAGGCCCCGUCGCCAGAGACAGAGCACCGGUAUCGACGUCGUCGCCGCCCUCAAGCGCAUUUGUUCCGAUGGCGAUCCCCGUGAGGUGUACAAGAACUUCAACAAGAUUGGCCAGGGUGCUUCCGGUGGCGUGUACACGGGAUACGAGCGAGGCUCCAACCGAUUGGUGGCUAUUAAGCAGAUGAACCUGGAGCAGCAACCGAAGAAGGACCUGAUUAUUAACGAGAUCUUGGUCAUGAAGGACAGCUCGCACCCCAACAUUGUCAACUUCAUCGACAGCUACCUUUGCGGAGGCGAGCUCUGGGUUGUCAUGGAGUUCAUGGAGGGCGGUAGUCUCACGGAUGUUGUUACCUUCAACAUCAUGACUGAGGGACAAAUCGCUUCCGUCUGCCGAGAGACGCUGAAGGGUCUGCAGCACCUGCACUCUAAGGGAGUCAUCCACCGCGACAUCAAGUCCGACAACAUUCUCCUUUCGAUGGAGGGCAACAUCAAGCUGACUGAUUUCGGAUUCUGCGCGACAAUCAACGAGGCCCAGAACAAGCGCACUACGAUGGUCGGUACGCCGUAUUGGAUGGCCCCCGAGGUCGUCACGCGUAAGGAGUACGGACGCAAGGUCGACAUCUGGUCUCUGGGUAUCAUGGCCAUUGAGAUGAUCGAGGGCGAGCCGCCAUACCUGACCGAGUCUCCUCUGAGAGCCCUGUGGUUGAUCGCCACAAACGGCACCCCUCAGAUCAAGGAGGAGGCCCAGCUGUCACCAGUUUUCCGCGACUUCCUCUACUUUGCACUCAAGGUCGACCCGGAGAAGAGAGCCAGCGCGCAUGACCUCCUUAGACAUGAGUUCAUGAAGGGAUGUGUUGAUCUCGCUCAGCUCUCACCAUUGGUCCGCGCCGCUAGGGAAGCACGUCUCGCAGAGAAGGCGAGGAAGGGACAGUAG